UCGGCCAGCUCGAGCCCAACGGACGUUGAAUAGUGCUUCCUCGGGUGGCAAGAGAGUACGUGGAGUAAUGAAUGCCAGUGCAGCCCUGAGAGCCCCUGCUAGUUCGAAGACUCGUGUGGAGCAGCCGAUUGAUGGUGUUGCGCUUGAGGAGUCUGUGGAGGGAAGGCGUGAUUCAGGUCUUCCGACAGUGCAGCCGGUCGCUGCAGGGGAGCGUACAGCACCAGAGGCAGCUGAGGAAGGAGUUCCAGCAGUCGUACCGCGGCGACAACCAAGG